UAGCACCAAUAGAAAUGGGAUCAUGGUACGAGAGAACGUGAGGAAGAAACUACCAAUGUGUAAUUUCAGUUUAAUAAUUUCAAUGUUGCUUCCAUAAACAAAACAGCCAACCUCAGAUCUAAUCUCCCCUUCUCCUUAGAAAACUCAUUUCUAAAUGCCUCAUUCACUCUAUCGCUUCCUCAUCUACUACUCCUGUUACUAGAUCUCUCCCUCAUUGGAGACAACACAUUCCGGUGUUCUCUGCUGCACUCUAGUUACCAUGAGUGGCCGGAAUGCGCGCGAUUCUCUUCUCGGAGCUAGGAAUUUUCCAGUCGGAUCGUUGCAGCAGCAUCAUCGCCGUGGUCAAAGCUUAAACGGAAUCUCCAAGGAACGAGACGACCAUCUCGACCUCUUCUCUAAGAGUCGUCGUACUCUUUCAGUUGCUUCUUCUGAUGAAUCUUCCGAUGUUUCAGUGAAACUGGGGAGACUCUCAGUUGGAUCAGCAAAACUGGCUAGAAGUGGGAUUGAUGAUCUGUUAUCAUCCACGGAAGGAGGAAAGCAUGAUUAUGACUGGCUUCUCACUCCUCCCGGGACUCCUGCUUGUCCCUCAUCAGAAGGUGAAUCCCAGCCUACCUUAGCACCUCCAAGACGCAGUUUGGCUAGAUCAACUUCUACCACGAAGGCUUCAAGGCUCUCAGUUUCACAAUCAGAGAACAAUGGUCACUCAAGACCAGCAAGAAGCAGUUCUGUGACUCGUCCUUCCAACUCCAGUUCACAGUAUAGCUACAGUGGCUAUUCUUCAAACAGAUCCUCCUCAAUCCUUAACACAAGCUCAGCCUCAGUUUCAUCUUCCACCAGACCAUCUUCCCCCAUACCCCGCUCUUCAUCAGCCACAAGGCCUUCUACUCCCUCAUCCCGUCCCACAACAUUAGGAUCUUCAACUCCAUCCAAAGUGCGCACAACAAGCACUAGCUCAAUUGCUGACAAGAGUAAAGCUUCACAGAGCUUGAGGCCCUCCACUCCUUCUUCAAGGCCACAUUUUCCUGCUAAUUUGCAUUCCCCAUCUGUUCCAUCUGCUAGGCCGCUUUCCCGUCCUUCCACCCCCACUCGUCGCAAUUCAGCACCAUCUCCAUCUCCUAUGACAGGUACUUCAACUUCAUCAGGACGAAUUUCAUUAAAUGGACGCAGUUCAGCACCACCAUCACGGCCAAGUUCACCAAGUCCUCGAGCUCGUCCCCCUCCCCAGCCAGUAGUUCCACCUGAUUUUCCUCUUGAAACACCACCAAACCUCAGAACAACAAUGCCGGAGAGGCCAGUCUCCGCUGGUAGGUCCCGUCCUGGUGUUGUGGCCACUUUAAAGGGAAAUUCUGAAUCCCAAAUCCCUGUUAAUAUGCCAAAGCGACUGUCAUCUCCCAUAGUAACCAGGGGGAGAUUGACAGAAGCUAUGGGAAGAAGCCGCAGCCUUGUGAAUGUCAAUGGUCACCAUUCUGAUGCCCCUGAGGUGCGGAAAGUCCCACAUGCCCCUGAAGCAGUUGCACGGAAAUCUGUUAAGGCUUCAUCUACUACUUCAUCUGACAGCUCUGGAUUUGGUAGGACCAUCUCAAAGAAAUCCUUAGAUGUGGCUAUUAAGCAUAUGGAUAUAAAGAACAGUUCAGGAAAUAUUCGUUCACUUUCAAGCCCCACACUCUUUCCUCAGAGUGUUAGAACUUCUACUCCCAAGAUCCAAUCUGUUCGUGGUUUGAGUGUUCCAUCUCCGGUAAACGGGAAUGGAAGCCUGCAAUUGCAAAUCAGUAAUAAUGGGGUUAAUUUUGACCCAGGGAAUGAUGCCGAUAGGAACGUGAUAAAUGGAAGUCAGGUAAAUGAAAGACGAUACUCAGCAAAAUUGAGUGAAAUGGACAUCUACGAGAGCACACGUUAUGAUACUAUAUUGCUUAAAGAAGACUUGAAGAAUACAAACUGGCUUCACAGUGCUGAUGAUAUAUGUGAUCAAGGGCCAAUAUUUGAUAACGGAUUUGAGUCACUGCCCGAACCAUUUGGUCUGUUGUAGCAUUCAAUGGGUGCUCCUUCGCACCUAUGGAAUUUGCUAUCAUUUAUGUUUAAUUUAAUGCCCCUUAUUUUAUUGUAUUUUUGUUUUCAAGAAUCGCAUACCUCAAUUUCUGGUGUUUAAAUUAGUCUGGAAGAAAUCCUUGGCAUUUUAGAUUUUAUCGUUGAUGAAGGAUUUGAAA